AUGGCAGAAAGACGGCUCUCCUCCAGUGCUCCGACUCCCCUCAUUGAGGAGCUUGAGCUGACCAGUUUCUCCCCUGAUGGUGACACCCUCGCCUCUUCCUCUGAUCGUGAAACCCUUAAUCCCUCUGACAAUUCUGGCCUCCUACCCAACGACGUUUUCUUGCGUCGUCCAAUUCCAUCGCUCCCUCCUGCGUCCAGGAUGAGUGUCAUCCUUUGCACUGCGGGGUAUGAUCAUACCAUCCGCUUUUGGGAGGCUCUUUCGGGCAUUUGCUCCCGUACCAUUCAGCACCCUGACUCCCAGGUCAACCGCCUCUGCAUCACUCCAGACAAGCGCUUCCUGGCAGCGGCAGGCCAUAACAAUGUCAAGCUCUUUGAUAUCCGGUCCACCAAUCCCAACCCUGUGAUGACCUUUGAGGGUCACACCAACAACAUCACUGGAGUUGCGUUCCACUGUGAGGGCAAGUGGAUGGUCACUAGCUCUGAGGAUGGAACUGUAAAGGUGUGGGAUACCCGCACGGGCAGUCUCCAACGCAACUACGCCCACCGAGCUGCAGUCAAUGAUGUGGUCAUCCAUCCUAACCAGGGUGAGCUCAUCAGUGGUGAUCGCGCUGGCAUGGUCCGAGUCUGGGACCUCGGUGAGAGUGUGUGCACCCACCAAUUGAUUCCGGAGGAUGAAGCUCCCGUCCUCAGCGUGAGCGUUGCUAGCGAUGGGUCUCUGCUCUGUGCCGGAAACAAGAAUGGAAAUGUUUACAUCUGGCGUAUGGCGCAGACUGAGGACACCACUCGCAUCAUUCCGAUCUGCACUUUCCAGGCCCACAAGGACUACCUCAACCGGGUUCUUCUCUCCCCCGAUGUCAAGCAUCUCGCAACCUGCUCCGCCGACCAUAGCGCCAAGGUCUGGAAUCUUGACCCUGAGUAUGAGCCUGCCAAGACGGCCAUCAAGGAGUGGAAGGAGCGACAGCAGAAUGCCGCGACGGACAAGACGAAUGAGCCUGCCCCAACUCCUACCGAGUCGCUGAACCAGUCUCGCGAUCUGCUUCGCAUCUUUGACACUCCGGUGCAGGACCGGGACCUGCUGCGCAUUACCGACACCACCCCUCGGGAUGAGACGCCGCAGCAGACCUUCACGGCGCAGCCGGAUGGGCCGCCCAUGAACCCGGCCACCAACACCCUCUUUCUGGAGACGACCCUGCCCACCCACCAGCGCUGGGUGUGGGAUUGCGCAUUCUCGGCGGACUCCGCCUACCUGGUCACCGUUUCCAGUGACCACUACGCUCGCCUGUGGGAGCUUAGCACGGGCAACAUCAUCCGCCAGUACAGCGGUCAUCACCGUGGCGCGGUGUGUGUUGCGCUGAACGACUACUCCGAGCCCCGCUAG